AUGGAUCAAACUAAUAACGAAAGUGCAAUCGAGAAGUCUCGUAAACUCGUUCUGCGCUGUUAUAAUAUGCUUGCUUCUCAACAAGAAUUAUCUGGAGUUCAAGUAGCUUCUUAUCUUAUGAAUAUGGAUGAUCACUAUACAGCGAAUAGAUUUCAAGGUCUCUUUUUAAUUCAAACUGAACGAUUUUUACAAACACCACUAAAUGAAACACGUGCUCAACGAAAAUUGGAUUUUACAGCACAGGAUGUGAUCGGCAAUGAUAGAUAUUAUGAUGAAGCUAUUGAUAACGAUAACAGCGAUGAAGAACACUUUCAAAUUCAAUCAACUGAACACGACAAAAAAUAUGUACUCGUUAGCACACGAAUUGAUUUUCAAUAUCGCUCCGAUAAUCUCAAUAGAAUGUGCUUAUAUGACUUUGUUAGCAUAUUCUGUAAGAAAGAAAUGAAUUCUACAGAUCUGAAAUAUUUAUCCAAGAUAGUGGGAUCAAUAGAAGAAAAAAUUAACCAAAAAGGUCGACCACCUAAUGAACGAUUUCUUUUUCAAAAACAGCAUCCUCAGGCUACAACAUAUUUAAUGAUGAAAUAUAGUGAACCUCAUGUGCCUGUUCUCUAUGGUCCUCAGAUACCUCGACGAGAUCGUGAUGAUACUCGAGAAUGA